UCUGCUGUGCUGUGUUGGCUCCCAGGUGCCAAUCCUCGUCAGUGAGAAGAUCCACGGAUCUUACUGCAGAUUUGCUCAGCACAAUGGGCUGCAAAAACCUGCUCAGCCUGGGCCAGCAGAUGCUGCGCCGGAAGGUGGUGGACUGCAGCCGGGAGGAGAGCCGGCUGUCCCGCUGCCUCAACACCUAUGACCUGGUAGCGCUUGGCGUGGGGAGCACCUUGGGCGCUGGUGUCUACGUCCUAGCCGGUGCCGUGGCCCGUGAAAAUGCUGGCCCCGCCAUCAUCAUCUCCUUCCUGAUCGCCGCUCUUGCCUCGGUGCUGGCCGGCCUGUGCUACGGGGAGUUUGGUGCCCGUGUCCCCAAGACGGGCUCAGCCUACCUCUACAGCUAUGUGACAGUGGGGGAGCUCUGGGCCUUCAUCACUGGCUGGAACCUGAUUCUCUCCUACAUCAUCGGUACUUCAAGCGUGGCAAGAGCCUGGAGUGCCACUUUUGAUGAGCUGAUAGGCAAACCCAUUGGCGAGUUCUCACGUCAACACAUGGCCCUGAAUGCCCCUGGGGUGCUAGCCCAAACCCCAGACAUAUUUGCUGUGAUUAUAAUCAUCAUCUUAACAGGACUGUUAACUCUUGGCGUGAAAGAGUCAGCCAUGGUCAACAAAAUUUUCACCUGUAUUAACGUCCUGGUCUUGUGCUUCAUCAUGGUGUCGGGGUUUGUGAAAGGCUCUAUUGAAAACUGGCAGCUCACGGAGAAAGAUUUCUUGAAUAAAUCCAGCCCUCUCUGUAGGAACAACGACACAAAUGUGAAACACGGUGAGGGAGGGUUCAUGCCCUUUGGAUUCUCCGGUGUUCUGUCAGGGGCAGCGACCUGCUUUUAUGCCUUUGUGGGCUUUGACUGCAUCGCCACCACAGGAGAAGAAGUCAAGAACCCCCAGAAGGCCAUUCCUGUGGGCAUCGUGGCGUCCCUCCUUAUUUGCUUCAUAGCUUACUUUGGGGUGUCCGCCGCUCUCACCCUCAUGAUGCCCUACUUCUGCCUGGACAUCGACAGCCCGCUGCCCGGUGCCUUCAAGCAUAGGGGCUGGGAAGAAGCUAAGUAUGCAGUGGCCGUUGGCUCCCUCUGCGCACUCUCCACCAGUCUCCUAGGCUCCAUGUUUCCCAUGCCCCGAGUUAUCUAUGCCAUGGCUGAAGAUGGACUACUGUUUAAAUUUUUGGCCAAAAUUAACGAGAGGACCAAAACACCAGUAAUCGCUACUGUGACCUCAGGCGCCAUUGCCGCUGUGAUGGCCUUCCUCUUUGAACUGAAGGACCUGGUGGACCUCAUGUCCAUUGGUACCCUCCUGGCUUACUCUUUGGUGGCUGCCUGUGUUUUGGUCUUACGGUACCAGCCAGAACAACCUAAUAUGGUAUACCAGAUGGCCAGAACCACCGAUGAGCUAGAUCAAGUAGACCAGAACGAGCUGGUCAGUGCCAGUGAGUCUCAGACAGGCUUUUUACCAGUUGCUGAGAAGUUUUCUCUGAAAACCAUACUCUCACCCAAGAACAUGGAGCCAUCCAAAUUCUCAGGGCUAAUUGUGAACAUUUCAGCCGGCCUCUUAGCCGCUCUUAUCAUCACCGUGUGCAUUGUGGCCGUGCUUGGAAGAGAGGCUCUGGCCGAAGGGACGCUGUGGGCAGUCUUUGUAAUGACAGGAUCAGUCCUUCUCUGCAUGCUGGUGACAGGCAUCAUCUGGAGGCAGCCUGAGAGCAAGACCAAGCUCUCAUUUAAGGUACCCUUUGUUCCCGUACUUCCUGUCCUGAGCAUCUUCGUGAACAUCUAUCUCAUGAUGCAGCUGGACCAGGGCACGUGGGUCCGGUUUGCCGUGUGGAUGCUGAUAGGCUUCGCCAUCUACUUUGGUUAUGGGGUCUGGCACAGUGAGGAAGCGUCUCUGGCUGCCGGCCAGGCAAAGACUCCUGACAGCAACUUGGACCAGUGCAAAUGACGUGCAGCCCCACCCACCAAGGUGACAGCGGUUGACGGGUGCCCGUAGAGGCCUGGGACCCACACACUCUCUCUACUCAUGCCUCAGGAUCAGCUCACACCCCCAAUGUCACCAAAGCUGGUUUGCAACAUUGGCCACGGCUGACAUGGCCUGGUCAGACAGCCCUGCAGCCAGCUCAUGAGAUCUGGUCACUUCUGGACAGUUCCUCGGUUUUCUCAUCUCCCUCUGAACAAAGAAAGCAGCCCUUCUCCCUGCCAGCUGGGCGCUUUGCUGCUGCAGGCCCAGCAGAAGGGAGGCCCCCUUCUCUUACUUGGGAAGCAGGCCUCCCUCCCUGGGACCACCCUGGUAUUGCUCAUGUACCCUCCAGAUGCCUGGUGAGCACCCCCUGUCAGCCCAGGACAGCCUCCUGACCACAAGAUGCAAGACUAUCCCAGUGAGGAAGCAUGUCCCCCAGCAGUGCUACCCAACAGCCAAUCAACUGCAGAAUACCUGAAGAGGAGGAACACGCCCGCACCUUACUGCUCUCAGGCUGGGCUAGUAGGAUGGGGUCCCAGUCUACAUAGAGGCUUCUGUGCAGACGCCAGCAUGGUGUGAGCUGUUCAUCUCGAGCACAGAAGAUGGGAGAUUCCUGGAGUGAGUGAUCAAUAGUAUCAAGAUGGGACGGCCAGCUCUGCUCACGUGGACUAGGGCAGCAUUAUCUAGUUUUAUCCCUAGCAGGCCUGGCUCGGCUUCUGCUGUUCUUGGCACCUUGUCCCCACUGUCCUGAGUCACUGGAGCACCAGGCUGUAUCAGUAGGGUUAUGUCACUCUUACGGGUCUUCUAAGGUUUUUCAGACAGAUGGCACUCAAUGUGGGGUGGUGACAGGAUCUGUGUGGCCUCUUAUAUCUGAGGAGUGCUGUCCUGUCCUCGCCCUGUUGCUUGCUCUGAAUCCCUCCGCUGGAGUAACUUGGGGCUUGAUGUUACCUUGGAAGAUAGCCAAAUAAUUACCGAGUGCCAUGUCAGCUUGUGGUUCAAGACGUGUGGCCUGCACAGGAGAGGACUUGGGGUCCUAUUGCUAGUCCUCUCGUAGCUGUGGUGCCUUUGCCUGCUGCUGGUGAGAGUUCUACCCUGGCCUGGACCUUAUGCUUCCCAAAUAUGCCUUCAUUUCCCCUCCCCCAAGCUCCUUAUCUCUCUGGGUGAGGCCCUAAGGCCUACAACUCCUCACUUACUCUGUGUAGAUUGAAACUCGGGUGAUAGUGCUGGUGGAUUCUGGGAACCAACAGGGCACCCCCUCCCCACUCCCACCCCCCUCCUUGCCAUGUCGGGGUGGGGAAGGCUGAUGUCUUAGCCUAAUGUCAAUGUUUUUAAAGCCUAGCUUUCUUUCCUGUCUGGCCUUUGACCCAAGUCUGGUGGAAACAGGCUGGGUAAAUGGACGACCCAGUCUUCCUCUCUACUCUGGAAGGUUCUUGGGAAUGGCAAGAGUUAGUGGAACUGGACUGGCGUGUAGCCUAGUGGUAGGGCACUUGCCUAGCCUGUGCAGGGUCUCAGGUUCCAACCCCAGCACAACAGAAAAUUAGGGGAAAUUAGAGAAACCGCCUGGAUGCUGGGUCAGCCAGCAGAGGACAGACGAGCAGCCAAGAGCCAGGCAUUGUACCAGGUGUCUCAGGCUGCCUGAGGAAACUUCAAAGGGAGUAUUAGAAGACCCUAAAUGUUGAGUUUCUAAAGGUAUUUAAAGUUAUGUAGAUUGGUGCUGUAAAAUAUUUUGAUAAAUAUUAACUUAUUUUGUUCGGGUCUUGAUUACCUGUUGUCUUCUUAGGGCCUGUUAAGUAUCUGUCUGGUUUUUUUUUUUUUCCUUGUUACUUACAUAGACAAAGAGAGAGUGAGUGCCCAGUGAGGUGUUGGGAGAAUUUUUUAAACUUUACUGUCUUUGGCUUCUUUUUUGAGACAAGGAUUCACUCUGUAGCUGGCCUGGAAGAGGAUAUUGCUGCCUAGUCUAGCCUCUGCCUCAGGCUCCUGAGUGCUAAGACCAUGGGUGUGUGCCACCACAACUCCUGCUGAACUGUCUGUCUCCUUGCUUUCUGGAUGAAAAUUUCCUGUCUAAGGUAGCCUAAUGAUGUGUUUACAGUAGCCAUCUCAGCCAGCAGCCUGGACCCCACCAAGGGGAAGGGCGGAUCUAGGGGUUUGAUCCUCCAUCAUCUCUCCUGAGGACCGCAAGCGAUGGUGGCCGAUCUGCUUCGGUGUGCGACACAGGAGCAAACACAGGCCCUGGCUGGGGAUGCGGUAGGGCUGGGGGCAUCCUGUACCCACUUCCUAGUCAGGAAAAGAGGGUCACUUGCCUAGUUAGUUGGCCACCGAGCUUUUGCUAAGAUUGGACAGGUACCAGGGGAGCUUUGGGGGUGCACAGGAACAAUGACCCAUGUCGUCAUGCCUGCAGUGAGCCUCUAAUACACUUUUUAUUACACCCCCAGUUCCUUCUCCUAAAAGGAAAACACAAGCCCCAAACUCAACACACAUACACACACAUCCCUCCAGAGCGGCAGGAGGUAGUGUCAGGUCUCCUAGCCUCCUGCCCAAAGAAAUGCUCAGUCCCAUUGGGUUUCAAAGCAUGGCCAGUAUUUCCUACCUGGUUGGGACUUAGACAUGCUAAAGACACAUUCCCAUGCCGUGUUUAUCUUCAGCUAGAGUAUUCACAUUGGAAAGACACGUUUUCCCAGGAGCGUGUACCCUUCCUGUCUCUUGGUCUAAGAUCAUGAAGAAGCCAGUACCCAGGGAGCUAUGCUUAGGAGUGGGGUACAAGAUCUCUCCACCUUUCAGAAGGUGGCCCCAGUGGUGUUGGUGGUAGGUGGUGUCUACAAAGACAUUAGGCCCCCCGUGUAUAUUUGUGGAAGGGUGGAUAUAUACCUAUGCCCAUCCCCCAUCCCUGCCCAUAACCCUACAACCAGGCCUUUGUGGAUUUAUUUUGAAAACAAAGAAAAAGUAAGGGUCUGGCCCUGGGGCAGUUUCUGGAAGAUUGCUGUGUUUAUACUGUUCUCAGUUGCUCACAGUUUGGUCUUACAAUAUGCAAAUUCUUCCCAGUCCCCUGUGCUGAUGACUUAGACACCACAUGCCAACCUCCUGCCUGAGGCUUGGUGGCCACAAGUGUCUGCAGGACCUUGGGGGACAUCAGGCUUCUCCACAUGCCACUAGUGGCCAAGGCUUGGACAUGCCCCCUCUCCCAAACACAUUUGGCACAGCCAGUGUGUGCACACCAAAGGAAAUAUGUAGCCUACUCCACCUGUACUGUCUGCUGCUCUCAUGCUUGGGGCUGGGAACACCAGUGGCCAUGUUUGUACCUUGGUCCUAACCCCAGGCAGACGUUCUGAAUCAGAUGUUGUCCAUAGUCUCUCAAGCAAGGAACUUGCCCAACACCGGAAGGAGCUUGCAAACAGCAGUGUGAGAGACCAGGUUCCUGGGAUACUGUGGACAUGUCCCACAGGCACACUCAAAUCUACUGGCAAAGCCAUGGCCACUUCGGGCCUGUGUACCUACCUACAAUGAAAACAUGGCUGGCAAUUUCACCAGGGCCCAUCCUUUCUGACUUGAAUAUCUCAUGUUCCCACAGAUACUUAUUUUAUUCUAAUAAAAGCUUACAGGGUUUUUUUGGUACCCAAGCAUUAAAGAACUGUAGUGGGGAUCUAAGUGCCAUGGUGCCCAUCCCUUGGGGUGUUGGUAGUGAUGGAAACAGGGAUGCUUGAGUCCAUGUAUGGUUGGGCUAGCGAAGGGAGUGGCCAGACACAGAAUACAUGACCCAUGGAACUAUUACAGAAUAAGUCAGCACUGAAUAUCUGUUAACGUGUGGUUAUUGACACAGUGGUGCAGGUAAAAUGUGCUAUACCCCAAUUUGGUUAGGAUGAAAUUUUUUAAAGGCAAAACCAAAAAACCUACCAGCUGGUUUUCACCUCCCUUACUCUGGCCAGGGCUUUCUGUAUCCACUGCUCCAUUGAGCCAGGGAAUAUGGUAUAGCCAAGGGUCUUGGGACAUAGUGAUGACCAAGGAGCCUUCCUGGACCAUUCUGUUACAUGUGCUGAAUGGCUAGCUAAAAAGCCCAGGGAGAGAUGAAAGACCAUGUCCAAAAACGUUCUCAGGACGCUGGCAUGUCCAGCCGGGUCAGGAAGCAAGAUUUAGAAAGAUACAUCAUGCAAACUAAUUUAUUGACAAGUGUUACCUUUUGUGUUCCUUGACAAGCUUUUUGAGUUUGGGACUUAUUUUCCCAUUUGAGAAGUUAUAAUAUAUCUUUGUAUUUAAGAUAUUUACUGCUUUGUUUGUGCCUUGUAGCUUUGGUGGGGUUAAGGAUCACAAGGGUCUGGAUACUAACGAGGGCUAGUUUAUUAGCAAACCUGAAGAGUUGUGUGGUUUCUCCAGGACAAUUUUUUUUUUAUUUCUACUGAACAUGGAGCCAUUAUUAAAAGAGUUAUGUGUGGUUUUUCAUUAUGUAAAUUGUAUAUAUUUUUUUGCUUGUUUGAGGUUCUAUUUUUCUAAUAGUCUUCUUACAGUUUCUUAUAAUGAUGACAUUAGAUUAAGUCUGAUACUAACUGUAAAUCAAGCUGGUCUCUGCUGGAUUCCCGUGGAUUAAUUCAAUUUUGUUUUUAGGCCAAGUGCAGGUGUCAUCCACCACCCUUUUGAAAAAAUGUGAAAUGUAUGUGUCCCCUCGUUGCUGAAUACGUUGUACACUGGCAAAACCCCUCCCAUACUUCUGUGUUGUAAAAUCAAAGCUAUUUUGUGGUACAUUGUCUCAUGCUUCUGCAGAUGCUAAUAAAUCCUGUCUGGCUUUCAUGCACACUGUGA